AUGCUUUCUUGGUCCAUCCAGGUGAAGCUGUGGCGUGUGUGUGAACCAGAACAGGAGCAGCCCGGGGGGGCGGAGGUGACCCUGUGUCCCGGAGAGGGUCGUCUGGAGCUGGUCUCCUUCCACCCCACCUCCUCUGGCCUGCUGGCUGUAGGCUCCACCAAGACAGCCCAGCUCUGGGACGCCAGCCGCCAAAACUCACCGCUAGCAGGUAGGAUACACUGGAGGAGUGGAGGAGAGCAGAGGAGCUAUACACCAUGCAGGCAUGAAAGAAUGGACGAAUGCAUGAACACACACUCUCUUAUAGACACUGACACAUGAUUGACGGAAAGCAUGAACACACACAAACAAAUGCAUGAACGAUGAACACACACACUCACAAUCACUCACACACAAAUAGAUCCAUACAGUACAAACCCACAUCUUCACACACAUAUACCAGCAAACAGACCAUACACAAUCAGUCAGUUUGAUCCUUUCACAUUUAUUUAGUUUCCUUCUGCUCUGUGUCACAGUAAUGUUGAACAUGUGAGCGAGCAACACUCUCUGUCCAUCUGUAGUUCUACAUUGUUUUCUAUGUGUAUAACAUCUCUGUUAUUGGUGUAUAACGUCUCUGUUAUUGGUGUAUCACAUCUCUGUUAAUGGUGUAUAACGUCUCUAUGUUAUUGGUGUAUAACGUCUCUAUGUUACUGGUGUAUCAGGUCUCUAUGUUAUUGGUGUAUCAGGUCUCUAUGUUAUUGGUGUAUAACAUCUCUAUGUUAUUGGUGUAUAACGUCGCUAUGUUAUUGGUGUAUAACGUCGCUAUGUUAUUGGUGUAUAACAUCGCUAUGUUAUUGGUGUAUAACGUCGCUAUGUUAUUGGUGUAUCAGGUCUCUAUGUUAUUGGUGUAUCAGGUCUCUAUGUUAUUGGUGUAUAACAUCUCUAUGUUAUUGGUGUAUAACGUCUCUAUGUUAUUGGUGUAUAACGUCUCUGUUAUUGGUGUAUAACGUUCUCUGUUAUUGGUGUAUAACGUUUCUCUGUUAUUGGUGUAUAACCUCUCUGUUAUUGGUGUAUCACGUCUCUGUUAUUGGUGUAUCACGUCUCUGUUAUUGGUGUAUCACGCUCUGUUAUUGGUGUAUACGCCUCUGUUAUUGGUGUAUCACGUCUCUGUUAUUGGUGUAUCACGUCUCUGUUAUUGGUGUAUCACGUCUCUCUGUUAUUGGUGUAUCACGUCUCUGUUAUUGGUGUAUCACGUCUCUGUUAUUGGUGUAUCACGUCCCUGUUAUUGGUGUAUCACGUCCCUGUUAUUGGUGUAUCACGUCCCUGUUAUUGGUGUAUACGUCUCUGUUAUUGGUGUAUAACCUCUCUGUUAUUGGUGUAUAACCUCUCUGUUAUUGGUGUAUAACCUCCUGUUAUUGGUGUAUCACGUCUCUGUUAUUGGUGUAUCACGUCCUGUUAUUGGUGUAUCACGUCUCUGUUAUUGGUGUAUCACGUCUCUCUGUUAUUGGUGUAUCACGUCUCUCUGUUAUUGGUGUAUCACGUCUCUCUGUUAUUGGUGUAUCACGUCUCUCUGUUAUUGGUGUAUCACGUCUCUCUGUUAUUGGUGUAUCACGUCUCUCUGUUAUUGGUGUAUCACGUCUCUCUGUUAUUGGUGUAUCACGUCUCUCUAUGUUGGGGUCAUGCGAGGCGGUGUCCUCAGGGUGACUCUGUCUCACUGACAGACAGGCAGUCUAUGCUGUCUCUGCUGCUGAAGAGCGGUUGAGGUAACGUCUGCCUCUUCUCAGUCUCCGUGGUUCUCUGGUCUGGUCUGGUCUGGGUGGCCUGGGGCAGUUUGCUUAUCCGCUGGCCUUCCACCCAGUCCUGACAGACAGGCCCCACCAUGAUGGCUGAUGCUGCUCACUGCUGCCCCCCUCAGGCUGUGCCCUGCCCUUCCAUUACUCCCUCACCACCCCUCUCUGACCCCUGACCCUGCUGUUAAUGUGGUCUGGGUUCAUCAGGGUGAACCUCAACACUUGGGGAGAGUGUGUGUGUCCCGUGUGACGACUUUCUUCACCAUUGACAAAUGCUGUUGUCAUCUAUGCUAUCUACUGUCGUGUCAUCAUAACCCAUCAAUGCUAUGCUGUAGCCAUAACCAGCCAUAGCACCAUAACCUCAUUAUGUCCUGUGUACCAUUGAUCUAGGUGGUCUUAACUGGGUCAACUGGGUCUGCUUUGGGGUUUCUACAAUCUAUGUACUGUUGUUUCAUCCUGUGUUUCCCUCUGUGUCCUGUGGUUUGGCUUCACCUGUCCUGUGUCUUGGCUUUACCUGUCCUGUGUCUUGGCCUCACCUGUCCUGUGUCUUGGCUUCACCUGUCCUGUGUUGACUUAUGUGCCUCCCUGUGUUGUUUCUAACUGUGCUUUCUUUCUGGCUAUUCAUCCUGAAUCUCUUUGUGUGCUUUAGUUGUUCUCCUCUGACCUAGCCUUCUGUGUUGUCCUGUGUUGUUGACCUGUCCUGGGCUGUUGUUGUUGACCUGUGCUGUUGUUCCCUGUCUUGUGUUUACCUGUGCUGUUGACCUCUCUGUGACCUCUCCUUGACUUGAUCUCCCCUGUGAUAACCUGUGGGCUGAGCUGACCAGUCUCUUGACCUCUGACCUGUGUGUGUCUAUCUGCAGCUCUGGAGCCGCACGGUGAUCAGCUGCAGAGUCUGAGCUGGAAAGAGGAUGGCUCCCUGCUGGCUUCCUCCUGCAAGGUGAGUCAGUCCUACAUUACAUACUGAGACUAGACAGGAACUAUUAUUAUCAUGUACAGUACAUCUAAAUAUAGGAGCACAGGAGUUGGAUAGAAAAGACGGCAGAAAGUGCAUGUUCACACAUUGUGAUCUGCUUUUCAAUGGGAUCCUACAAUGAAGGUUUGGCACAUAGCAACCUCUCUAUCUAUCAAUGAAGGUUUGUCACAUAGCAACUUCUCUAUCCAUCAAUGAAGGUUUGUCAAAUAGCAACCUCUGUAUCUAUCAUAUGUGUUGUGUCUUAAAUACUUCCCAACUCUCCAGUGGUAAACAACAGCAGCUGAGGUUCACAUAAUGUGUGUGUUUGACAUCUACUACAUUGCUGUCGUACUGUGUGGAAUCACUGAUCUACAAAUCAAAUCAAAUGUUAUUGGUUGCGUACAUAUAUUUAGCAGACGUUAUUGCAGGUGCAGUGAAAUGCUUAUGUUCCUAGGUCAGUACAUUAGUACUGAACAAUACACACAAAUACCACAAAUAAAAAGAAAGGAAUGAAGAAAUACCAGGAAGAGCAAUGAUGUGUAUAGGCAGUAUGGACAGUAUAUGAUGUUUAUCGACAGUAUGGACAGUAUAUGAUGUGUAUAGACAAUAUGGACAGUAGAUGAUGUGUAUGGACAGUAGGGGUGUAACGAUUCGUUUGAACAACGAUUCGAUUUGUAUCAUGAUUCGUGGUUGUCGAUACGAUUCAAGGACGAUAUUGGUUCAUUUAGAACGAUACGAUCCGAAACGAUUCAGUGACUUGAAAUCGAUUCAGUAACCUUUUAGCCAAAAAUUCAACCAGUGUGACUGAAAUAAAUACCUGGAUACUGGACAGUGCAGGUGAAGUUUCCUAGAUUCCUGUUUCUUGUAAGGACCGCAAUGGUGGCUUGAUAAUUUCUCGCUCGUCGGCUUCUCCUCUGUCGUCCGCCAUGCUAUGUUUUGUUGUCUUGGCGCCUUUGCGCUGCUGCUGGCGCGAUGACGUCACGGAUAGGCAGACUGAAUCGAGUAAUGUUUAAAGCCUUUAUCAUUAAAAGUGCUAAGAAAAAACAUCCAUAUAAAGUCUGACGUGCUUAAAUCCAAUGGGUUAUUUCCUAGUAUCGAUACAAUCGAUUUAUUACAUUUUAAAACGAUGUUAGAUUGAUAUAUGUUGUCCAAAAGGCCAACUCGCCGAGCACAGAUCGAUGUAGUUGGAUCAUAGGAAUAUAAAUCGAUACAUCGAUGUAGUAGAUGGAUCGUUACACCCCUAAUGGACAGUAUAUGAUGUAUAUGGACAAUAUGGACAGUAUAUGAUGUGUAUGGACAAUAUGGACAGUAUAUGAUGUGUAUGGACAAUAUGGACAGUAUAUGAUGUGUAUAGGCAGUAUGGACAGUAUAUGAUGUGUAUGGACAGUAUAUGAUGUAUAUGGACAAUAUGGACAGUAUAUGAUGUAUAUACAGUGGGGGAAAAAAGUAUUUAGUCAGCCACCAAUUGUGCAAGUUCUCCCACUUAAAAAGAUGAGAGAGGCCUGUAAUUUUCAUCAUAGGUACACGUCAACUAUGACAGACAAAUUGAGAAAAACUAAUCCAGAAAAUCACAUUGUAGGAUUUUUAAUGAAUUUAUUUGCAAAUUAUGGUGGAAAAGAAGUAUUUGGUCACCUACAAACAAGCAAGAUUUCUGGCUCUCACAGACCUGUAACUUCUUCUUUAAGAGGCUCCUCUGUCCUCCACUCGUUAACUGUAUUAAUGGCACCUGUUUGAACUUGUUAUCAGUAUAAAAGACACCUGUCCACAACCUCAAACAGUCACACUCCAAACUCCACUAUGGCCAAGACCAAAGAGCUGUCAAAGGACACCAGAAACAAAAUUGUAGACCUGCACCAGGCUGGGAAGACUGAAUCUGCAAUAGGUAAGCAGCUUGGUUUGAAGAAAUCAACUGUGGGAGCAAUUAUUAGGAAAUGGAAGACAUACAAGACCACUGAUAAUCUCCCUCGAUCUGGGGCUCCACGCAAGAUCUCACCCCGUGGGGUCAAAAUGAUCACAAGAACGGUGAGCAAAAAUCCCAGAACCACACGGGGGGACCUAGUGAAUGACCUGCAGAGAGCUGGGACCAAAGUAACAAAGCCUACCAUCAGUAACACACUACGCCGCCAGGGACUCAAAUCCUGCAGUGCAAGACGUGUCCCCCUGCUUAAGCCAGUACAUGUCCAGGCCCGUCUGAAGUUUGCUAGAGUGCAUUUGGAUGAUCCAGAAGAGGAUUGGGAGAAUAUCAUAUGGUCAGAUGAAACCAAAAUAGAACUUUUUGGUAAAAACUGAACUCGUCGUGUUUGGAGGACAAAUAAUGCUGAGUUGCAUCCAAAGAACACCAUACCUACUGUGAAGCAUGGGGGUGGAAACAUCAUGCUUUGGGGCUGUUUUUCUGCAAAGGGACCAGGACGACUGAUCCGUGUAAAGGAAAGAAUGAAUGGGGCCAUGUAUCGCGAGAUUUUGAGUGAAAACCUCCUUCCAUCAGCAAGGGCAUUGAAGAUGAAACGUGGCUGGGUCUUUCAGCAUGACAAUGAUCCCAAACACACCGCCCGGGCAACGAAGGAGUGGCUUCGUAAGAAGCAUUUCAAGGUCCUGGAGUGGCCUAGCCAGUCUCCAGAUCUCAACCCCAUAGAAAAUCUUUGGAGGGAGUUGAAAGUCCGUGUUGCCCAGCGACAGCCCCAAAACAUCACUGCUCUAGAGGAGAUCUGCAUAGAGGAAUGGACCAAAAUACCAGCAACAGUGUGAGAAAACCUUGUGAAGACUUACAGAAAACGUUUGACCUGUGUCAUUGCCAACAAAGGGUAUAUAACAAAGAAUUGAGAAACUUUUGUUAUUGACCAAAUACUUAUUUUCCACCAUAAUUUGCAAAUAAAUUCAUAAAAAAUCCUACAAUGUGAUUUUCUGGAUUUUUUUUCUCAUUUUGUCUGUCAUAGUUGACGUGUACCUAUGAUGAAAAUUACAGGCAUCUCUCAUCUUUUUAAGUGGGAGAACUUGCACAAUUGGUGGCUGACUAAAUACUUUUUGACCCCACUGUAGACAAUAUGGACAGUAGAUGAUAUGUAUAGACAAUAUGGACAGUAGAUGAUGUGUAUAAUUAUAGACAAUAUGGACAGUAUAUGAUGUGUAUAGACAAUAUGGACAGUAGAUGAUAUGUAUAGACAAUAUGGACAGUAGAUGAUGUGUAUAAUUAUGAUGUGUAUAGACAUCUGGCAGUAUAUGAUGUGUAUGACAAUAUGGACUAUCUGAUGGUAUAGACCUAUAUGAAUGUGUAUAACCAAUUGGGACAGUAUAUGAGUGUAUAGACAAUAUGGACAGUAUAUGUGUUAUAAGGACAGUAGGACAGUAUAUGAUGUGUAUAUGCAGUAUGACAUUAUGAUGUGUAUGGACAUAUGGACAUUAUAUUGAAUAUGGUCUAGGCAUAUGGGACAGUAUAGAUGUGUAUAGACAUAUGGACAGUAUAUGCUGUGAUGGACCGUAUGGACAGAAUAUGAUGUUUCAUGGCAGUAUGGACAGUAUAUGAUGUGUAUAGGCAGUAUAUGAUGUGUAUGGACAGUAUAUGAUGUGUAUGGUCAGUAUAUGAAUAUAAAAGAUGUGUACAGCGGUAGUUAUCUAGGAUGAGCCUUGACUAGAAUACAGUAUAUACAUAUGAAGUGGUAAAACAGUAUGUAAACAUUAUUAAAUCACCUUGCAUACUAAAUAACUACUCACUAUGUGAUCAAGAUUAGGGAUUCUGCACCUAGACUUGCUCAGGCUGAUCCCCUCAAACACACAGAACAGUCAGUUGCUGAAUGGCCCUUGCCUAUUGCUUCCAAGAGUGUUUCUUGUUAUUCGUUUAAUUUUUUUUGUACUUUUACCCCUUUUUCUCCCCAAUUUCGUGAUAUCCAAUUGGUAUUUACAGUCUUGUCCCAUCGCUGCAACUCCCCUACGGACUCGGGAGAGGCGAAGGUCGAGAGCCAUGCGUUCUCCGAAACACGACCCUGCCAAGCCGCACUACUUUUUGACACACUGCUCGCUUAACCCAGAAGCCAGCCGCACCAAUGUGUCUGAGCAAACACCGUCCAGCUGGCGACUGAAGUCAGCUUGCAGGCGCCCGGCCCGCCACAAGGAGUCGCUAGAGGGCGAUGGGACAAGGAAAUACCGUCCGGCCAAACCCUCCCCUAACCCGGACGACGCUGGGCCAAUUGUGCGCCGCCUCAUGGGUCUCCCGGCCAUGGCCGCCUGGGGGAUCGAACCCAGGUCUGUAGUGAUGCCUCAAGCACUGCGAUGCAGUGCCUUAGACAGCUGCGCCACUCGGGAGGUCCCCAAGAGUGUUUCUAAAAGCACUGUCAACCUGGGAUGCAAUACUGUUGUAGCUGUAGUAGCCGCGUCUCACCUGUAGAUGCCGCCAACGGAACAUCUUAUCCCCCAGUUUGCCUGGUUGGCGCUACCAGACAUUAAACAGCAUCUGUUUUUGAGCCGAUCAUUCCAUCAACGAGUCAACAGGGAUGACACUCAUUAACCCGGGUGUAGAUAUUGCACUCUGACUGACCGUGUCCCACUUUUUUUACUGGGUUCUAAACUCAGGGAUUGAGAAAGAGAGAUGAGAUUUGGAAAAAUCAGUGAUAUACUGUAAUAGCCAGUUUGUCUAAUUGUUUUAGCGUUAUAAUAGUUUGAUUGUGUUGACAGAGGCAUGAACUAAUGCAAAGGUGCGUGAUCCGCACUGAGCAGCCAAGCCUUCCAAUUAAGAUUAGUUAGUGUGUUAGUUGUCUGGCAAGUUUCUUUCUUUCUUCUUUCUUUCUUUCUUUCUGAAAACAGAACGGAACAUUGGAUGUGUCAUUAAUUAGGCCUUAACGAGGCAGUGGAGGCAGGGUACGUAACUGUUUCGUGUAGGACGGCAUCCAUCAGGCCCCCGCAUGCAGAAAACCCAAGUGACCCCUAACCCCAACAAUGCACACAUCCAGGAUCAUGUUCAUUAGGCACCAAAUGGAAGAAAAUAGGGCUGAAACAGGGAGGGACUACUUGGACGUGUCCAAUAAAAAACCCUUGUUUUUAGUUUUCCAUUGCAAAAUGUUUCGCUAUGUUGUUCCCUAAUGGAAACGACCCAGGCCUCUUCUCCCCCACUGCCCCUGCCUCUCCCCGCCCGACCCCUGCCUCUCCUGGGGAGAAGGGAGCUAUAGUAAGGGCCUUACCUCCACCCCCAGCUCCCUGACAGGCUCUGGGAGUUACAGCAUUUUUAAAGCAAAGUAAAGAGUGGAGGUGAAAAACACACGCAGGAGGGGACGUCAAUCCUCACCUGGCCACAGAGGCCCGUCGCAAGGCCUCAAGAGCGGGUGAUUUAGCACCCCAGGAGAGAGGACCUGGGCAUGGAGGCAUGCGUGGUGCCCCCUCCUGUUGUAAAGGAAAUAAUAACCAUGCUGGAAGGGAUUUCCAUCGUGUGUGUGUGUGUGUGUGUGUGUGUGGUUGAGUAGGGCGUGCCAGAGUGGCGGUAGCUAGGGGUUUAUGGGAAGGGGGGCAGAGGGAGAGAGAGAGAGAGGGGAGUUUAUGAGUAGAAGUGGAAUUGUUUCAUGAAUAGUUGUAGUUGAACUUGAAGAGUAGGCAGGGGCCUUUUCAUCAGCGGGGGUUAACAUAACUCAUUUUUUAACAGUUCCUGCCUUUGAGGUAUGUGCUGUGGCAAAUUUCAGUGUACUUUCCUUGUCCUCUCCCUCUCUCUUGCACACUUCAAAUCAAAUCAAAUGUUAUUUGUCACAUACACGUGUUUAGCAGAUGUUAUAGCGGGUGUAGCGAAAUGCUUGUGCUUCUAGCUCCAACAGUGCAGUAAUAUCUAACAAGUAAUAUCUAACAAUUUCACAACAUAUACCCAAUACACACAAAACUUGUAAGGAAUGGAAUUUAAGAAUACAUAUAUGGACAAGCAAUGACAGAGCGGCAUGGACUAAGAUACAAUAGAAUAUUAUAGAAUAGAAUACAGUCUAUACAUAUGAGAUGAGUAGUGCAAGAUAUGUAAACAUUAUUAAAGUGACUAGUGUUCCAUUUCUUAAAGUGGCCAGUGAUUUCAAUAGGCAGCAGCAGCCUCUAAUGUGCUAGAGAUGGCUAUUUAACAGUCUGAUGGCCUUGAGAUAGAAGCUGUUUUUCAUUCUCUCGGUCCCAGCUUUGAUGCACCUGUACUGACCUCGCCUUCUGGAUGAUAGCGGGGUGAACAGGCAGUGGCUCGGGUGGUUGAUGUCCUUGAUUAUCUUUUUGGCCUUCCUGUGACAUCGGGUGCUGUAUGUGUCUUGUGGCGGGUAGUUUGCCCCCGGUAAUGCGUUCGGCAGACCGCACCACCCUCUGGAGAGCCCUGUGGUUGCGGGCGGUGCAGCUGCCGUACCAGGCUGUGAUACAGCCCGACAGGAUGCUCUCAAUUGUGCAUCUGUAAAGGUUUGUGAGGGUUUUAGGUGCCAAGCCACAUUUCUUCAGCUUCCUGAGGUUGAAGAGGCUCUGUUGCGCCUUCUUCACCACACUGUCUGCGUGGGUGGACCAUUUCAGUUUGUCGAUGAUGUGUACGCCAAGGAACUUGAAGCUUUCUACCUUCUCCACUGCGGUCCCGUCAAUGUGGAUAGUGGGGUGCACCCUCUGCUGUUUCCUGAAGUCCACGAUUAUCUCCUUUGUUUUGUUGACGUUGAGUGAGAGGUUAUUUUCCUGGCACCACACUCCCAGAGCCCUCACCUCCUCCCUGUAGGCGGUCUCGUCAUUGUUGGUAAUCAAGCCUACUACUGUUGUUUCGUCUGCAAACUUGAUGAUUGAGUUGGAGGCGUGCUUGGCCACGCAGUCAUAGGUGAACAGGUAGUACAGGAGGGGGCUGAGCACGCACCCCUGAGGGGCCCCAGUGUUGAGGAUCAGCGAAGUGGAGAUGUUGUUUCCUACCUUCACCACCUGGGGGCGGCCCGUCAGGAAGUCCAGGACCCAGUUGCACAGGGCGGGGUUCAGACCCAGGGCCUCAAGCUUAAUGAUGAGCUUGGAGGGUACUAUGGUGUUGAAUGCUGAGCUAUAGUCAAUGAACAGCAUUCUUACAUAGGUAUUCCUCUUGUCCAGGUGGGAUAGGGCAGUGUGCAGUGUGAUGGCGAUUGCAUCGUCUGUGGAUCUAUUGGGGUGGUAAGCAAAUUGAAGUGGGUCUAGGGUGACAGGUAAGGUAGAUGUGUCACAUACAGACAUUCAUAGAUAAUCUGGUUGGAUUCGCUGAGACAGAGAGAGAGCCUUGGGUGGCUUGUGUUCAUUAGGCACCAAACAUAAAAAUGUAUAUCUUUGAUUGAAACAGGGAGGGACUACCUGAACUUGUGCAAUAAGAAACGCUAAUUUUAGAUUUCUGUUGCAAAACAUUUAAAAAUGUUUCCAUAAGGAACAUUACCUUUUAGUAGACCAAGCAGGAUCAAAACCUACAGAGAAGACAGGCUGUCGUAUGACUCUGUGUGUUUAACAGUUGUUUGUGUCAGACUGGGUGUCAUUUUCCCAUGUUUGUAUUCCCAGUGACCAGAAAGGAGUUGGCUUAUCAGUCAGUCAGUAAUGGCCCGUGCUCAGACCAGCAUUACUCUUGACAUGAUGAUAGUCCUUAGGAGGGCUGCUGCUGGCCUGAGAGAGUGGAGGGGGGUAUAAAGCGGGAGAGAGUGAGUGAGAGAGAAAGAGACCGAGCGAGAGAGGCAGAGAGAUGGACAGAGAAGAAAGAGAAAAAGCGAAAGACAGAAAAAGAAAGGGAGAAACAGAGUGGAGGAGAAAUGUGACACUAGAUUAGAGUGUCUGGGUUCCAGAGGUUCUGCCCUCUCUAGGUUGACUGAGACCAGGGGUGUAGUUUAACUCAAUGGGCCCUUCAAUCUCUCCAAUCCCCUUCAUUAAAGCGAAUAGGCCCUGCCAACAUGUGUGUUCAAUUGGGGCCGGGCUCAACCAAGUGGGUGAACGUAGGGGGUGUGCUACGUCAGAUGAAGGGAGACUGUGGCCAUCCAUCCGUCAACGAGUGAGCAGCACUCAUCAUGACAGGCCUGGGGUGUGUUCAUUAGGCGCUAAAUGGAAGAAACUACCAAUAAGAAACGCUCAUUUUCGUUUUCUGUUUCAAAAUGUUUUGGCUAUGGUGUGCUCUAAUACAUACUACCCAGAUUUAGGGGCCUAGAGACGCAUAUUCCAUCAAGGGCUGUAACAGACAGAUUUUAAACACUGCAGUUCACCAUCUCUAUCCUGUUCCAUCAAUCCUACACCAAAACAGAAACAGUUCCUAUACCAUUCCUCUCUCACUACCUCUCUGUUUGUCUUCAUGUACUGAGCAGCUCCUUUCACUUUCACCCCAUGCUGUUGUCUGCAGCAGCAGGCAUGAACUCCUAUAGCUUCUGUUAAAAUGGGUUUUUCACAGUGAGCAGAUAUUCCCCUUUUCUCUUCAUAUUGGAUAUACUUUUUAUCCAGCUCUGUUUAAUAGACACACACACACACACACACUCCCAUGAUUUAAGAAAAGUUAUUAGUUAUUAUCAGUGUGUGAACCAACUCCUCCUGAUGUCACACAGUCUGGACUGUCAGUCACUGGUGAUUGACACUGUUUUUUUUGUGGGGAGUUGCCAUGGACGACUGGAAAGGGGAGGUUGUUUGUGUGUGUGUGUGUGUGUGUGUGUGUGUGUGAAAGCUCUACAGCAGGGUAGAACUCAUUAACAGCAGCCUGAGAAUGAGGUGAGCUCAAUGCUGCUUUGAUUAAACAGCUGCACUCUCUGCACACACACACACUUGUGUUUGUGUUAGGGAGAGUGGGCACCCCAUCUGUGCAUUUAUGAGAAAGGGUGGAUCGUGCGUGCGUGUGUGCGUGCGUGCCUGUGCGUGCGUGCCUGCGCGUGUUUAAAGCCAAUAGGUUAUUGUCAGGAGGUUAUGAGGGUCUGUUUGACUGUUUGAGUGUGUCUGUUUCCAAUGGUGGACACAUCUGCAUGUGACUGACUCUCAUCUAGGUGUUUGCAGCCAGAUAGUUUCCCCUCCGGCAGAUGAUUUUGUUUGUUGUGAGUACACUGAAUAGUUCUCUGUUGGCAAGGGUAGUGUGUGUGUGCGGGUGUGUUGUACACGGGUGUGUGUCUGUGUGUUUGUAAUGUGUUAAGGUCAGUAAGGGCAGCCAGUCUCUAGGGGCGACGGUUGAUGAUCUGUCCACCCUGCCUAGUCUGCUGUGUUUUCCCUGCUGUGUCUGUGUCUGUGUGUGUGUGUCGCUCGGACUGGGCCUGGCACUGUGGUCUCUGAGCCCUGGCUGA